AUGUCAACGGGCCAGAAGCUUUUGGUUGUCCUUACAUCGCAAGAUGUCCUUCCCACACGGGCCAACAUGAAAACGGGAUGGUAUCUUCCUGAGCUAGUUCACCCAUACAACGACUUGGAUGGCCACGUAGAACUCGUUGUGGCUUCACCUAAGGGAGGGGAAGCUCCUGUUGAUCCCUAUUCCAUCGAGGAUUCUAAGAAUGAUGAAGCUUCUCAGAGGUUUUUUAAAGAAAAAGGGCAUGUCUGGAAGAAUACGCAGAAGCUCGAAAGCUUCCUUGGCAAAUCUGCCGAGUACGUCGGAAUAUUUUUCGUUGGAGGUCAUGGACCCAUGUUCGAUCUCGCCGUAGACCCCACGUCUCACGCUCUGAUUCGUGAAUUUUACGAAUCCAACAAGUUGGUCUCUGCUGUUUGCCACGGGCCAGCUGCUCUGGUCAACGUCAAGCUGUCAGACGGAACCUACAUGGUUCAGGGACAGACCGUCACGGGAUUCUCCAAUGCCGAAGAGGAUGCGUACAAAUUCACGGACGCAAUGCCGUUCUUGCUCGAAGACAAGCUGAAGGAACAUGGCGGGCAGUAUGAGAAGGCGGAUCAGCUCUUUGGCGUCAAGGUGGUUACCAGCGGUAAGAGCAAGAACUUGAUUACUGGUCAGAAUCCUCCCAGCGCUGGAGUCAUUGGCAAGGUUUUGUUGCAGGCUAUUCAGAAGGGCAUGAUUCAGGCUGCGAUUCGUAAAACUGCUAUGUCACUAAGCUACGUCGCUGAUGCGGGCCGUGUUCAAGCAAACACCCGCAUUUGGUGCGUCCAGCAGAUUCAAAAGUACCCAAGCAUGACCAACAUUGAUACGAGACUUCUGGCUGUAAGGUCUGUACCAGAGUGGCUGACAUCUGACUCUAAGUGCGACCUAAAACCGGAAUCCUGUGGCCAAUGUCGCCGAGCCAACAUCUCAUGCCAUGGCUACCGUAAUGUCAAGGACUUGGCGUUCCGUGACCAGACACGUGUAGCCAGGCAAAAGGUGGUGGCCCGCCAAGGAUAUGCCUAUCAGCUCAUUACUUUCCCUUCGCCGAUGCUAGACCUAAAUCUGGACGUCGAGGCGCGGUGCAGAGAUACGUUUUUCCUGCUUGUGAACGCAGUCAGCCUUGCGUUCUCGGCAGUACAGUUCGACAGCCGAGAACUAAUCAGUACCGCCUUCAACAGAUACUCGGCUGCCAUAGGGAAUCUGAGACAUUCACUAUGCGAGCCGAACGUGUUUAUCGGUGAUGAAAUUCUGCAGUCAAUACUGCUUCUUGAUCUAUUUGAAAAGCUAGCAGCACCGAGCCUUGGCAUGCCAGGGCCUUCAAUGACCCACAUUCGAGGGGCAAUGUCAAUCAUCGAGUCGCGGGGAAAGUUGAACUUUGCAAGUGCUUUAUCAACUCAAAUCGCCAGAAACAUUCUAUCGCACUUUGUAAUUAGUUGUGGAAUAACCAAAACUUCUAUCCUUGACUCGCAAGUCGCCGUCUGGAAGGAUCUUUCAGGACUGAUCAUGGAUAGUAAAUGGGAUUAUAUGAGAAUCCUAGUGGAUAUUGUCAACUUGAGGGCCAUGUUGACCAAGGGAAUAAUGGUUGAUCACAGCAAGAUGAAUGGAAGGGUGUUCGACAUAAAAUGCAGGCUUGAAUACCUUGCAGAUUCAUUGGAAAGGUCUUGCGGGCCUGUUGUCGUCCUCUUAGGCGAUUGGCAAGCCUUGGACGGAGAAUACGAUGUCUACCCGAACCACUUUACAAUGCAACUGCAUAACGCUGUCCGGAUGAUGCGUUUAGAGAUGGAAGGAUUGAUAAGGGAUAGAUGCCACGAGCAAAACGGUGAUGCGAUCAACAAGAUCGCGAAGCAAAUAUGUCGCUCUGUUACGCACUGCAUCAUGCCACAAGCCCGGUCAGAGAAUUCUGAGCCUUUCACGCCGAUGCAGAAGCUGGAGUGCAGGAUACUGAUGGCACCUCUCUACCAAGCUGCUCAGCUGACAACAGACAAUUGCGUGCAGGAAUGGAUUUGGAGAAUACUAGAGUACAUGGCAGCGAAGGCUUUAAGUCCAACCAAUACGAGUAUUCGUAAACAAGCCUGCCCGGAUACCACCAAAGAAAUCGGGCCGAGGUUAACGCGCAGUGUAGGUGGCACAGGCUUCGUCGCUGGACAUGUGAUUGAUGUCCUCCUUAAGCGUGGCCAUAGCGUCGUGACUACUGUUCGCUCAGAGCAAAAGGCCCAGUCAAUCCGCAAUGAGUUCCAAGGCGUUGGUGAAGAGAAGCUUGACUUUGCUAUCGUCCCUGAUAUUGCUGCCAAGGAUGCCUUCCAAGGCUUGGGCGCAUAUGGCCUCGAAGCGGCCAUUCACGUCGCCAGUCCCUUCCACUACAAUAUCACAGACGCCAAAAAGGAUUUGAUCGAUCCAGCCGUCCUUGGCACAACUUCAGUACUUGAUGCACUCCACAAGACUUGCCCCACUGUUCGACGAGUUGCGUUGACGUCAUCCUUUGCUGCGAUCCUGGACCCUAAGCUAUCCUUCACAGGUGCAAAAAAGACCUACACUGAGGCCGAUUGGAGUCCUCUUACUAUGGAAGAUGCUUACUCCAACCCGGGGCUUGCCUACGCUGCAUCCAAAGCAUUUGCUGAGAAGGCUGCUUGGGAUUAUAUGGCCGACAAGAAACCCGACUUCUCUCUUACAACAAUCUGUCCUCCGAUGGUCUACGGUCCAGUGAAGUACCCAGUCAAGUCCCUCGACUCCGUCAACACAUCCAACCAGCUCCUGGCUGAUAUCAUCAAUGGGAAGCAUAAAAGCGGUCUUCCUCCAACUCAGCUUCCUCUCUUUGUUGAUGUCCGCGAUGCGGCAUUGGCCCAUGUCAAGGCUGUAGAGACGGAAGAGGCAGCGGAUAAGCGCAUCUUUGUCACUGCCGGGUACUACAGUAACCAGGAGUUAUAUGAAAUCCUGUACGAGAACUUCCCAGAUUUGCGGGACAGGCUGCCGGACGAGGCCAAUAAAGGAGGCGACCCAAACCCAGCUCUAGAUUCCUUUGGCUAUGAUGUCACUCGGGCAAACACAAUUCUUGGAAUCGAUUGGAUACCGUAUAAGAAGACAGUCAUUGAUUCAGCCAAGUCUCUUCUCUGA